UUGGUCGGCGCCGCGCUCGCAGAAGGAGCCGAGAUGGCGGCUGGGAUGUUGCUGAGGCGAGCGGCUUCCUCGUUGGCCCUUCGAUCGAUCCUGCGGCAACCCCGGCGAGGAUGUGCCGGAGUCGCCAUCGACGACACGGUGAACGGGCUGAACGAGGAGCAGCAGCAGCUUAGGCAAACCAUGGUGAAAUUCUGUCAGGAGCAUUUGGCUCCAAAGGCUCAAGAAAUCGAUCAGAAGAAUGAAUUCAAAGAAAUGAGGGACUUUUGGAAGAAGCUGGGAGAAUUAGGAGUUCUGGGAAUAACUGCUCCAGCUGAAUAUGGUGGAUCUGAAAUGGGAUAUCUGGACCAUAUACUGGUGAUGGAAGAAAUUUCUCGUGUUUCGGCAGCUGUUGGAUUAAGUUAUGGUGCCCACUCUAAUCUCUGUGUUAAUCAGUUAGUGAGAAAUGGAAAUGAAGCACAGAAAGAGAAAUACCUGCCUAAGCUAAUCAGUGGAGAGCAUAUUGGAGCACUUGCAAUGAGUGAAGCCAACACUGGUUCUGAUGUUGUCUCUAUGAGGCUGAAGGCAGACAGAAAAGGGGAUUAUUAUGUUUUGAAUGGGAAUAAGUUUUGGAUUACCAAUGGGCCAGAUGCUGAUGUGCUGAUUGUUUAUGCUAAAACCGAGCCAAAUGCUGUUCCUGCUUCUCAGGGUAUAACAGCGUUCAUUGUGGAAAAGGGUAUGCCUGGUUUCAGCACUGCACAAAAGCUUGAUAAACUGGGGAUGAGAGGGUCAAAUACCUGUGAAUUAAUCUUUGAGGACUGCAAGAUUCCUGAUAAAAAUGUUUUGGGACAAUUGAGUAAAGGUGUCUAUGUAUUGAUGAGUGGCUUGGAUCUGGAAAGACUCGUAUUGUCUGCUGGACCUCUAGGGAUCAUGCAGGCUGUACUAGACAAUGCUGUUCCAUAUAUGCAUGUGAGAGAAGCCUUUGGGCAGAAAAUUGGCCAGUUCCAGCUCAUGCAGGGCAAAAUGGCUGAUAUGUACACACGGCUGAUGUCAUGUAGACAGUACGUAUACAACGUGGCAAGGGCCUGUGAUCGAGGACACUUUAAUGCAAAGGAUUGCGCUGGUGUGAUUCUCUACUCUGCGGAAUGUGCUACUCAAGUUGCUUUGGAUGGAAUCCAAUGUCUAGGUGGAAAUGGCUAUAUCAAUGACUACCCCAUGGGUCGCUUUUUGCGUGAUGCCAAACUGUAUGAAAUCGGGGCAGGAACCAGUGAAGUACGGAGAAUCGUUAUUGGCCGGGCAUUCAAUGCUGCCUUUAAGUAAUAGUCACCAUUAAAGAAGAAUCACACUUUUAAUGCCAGAGGCCUUCAGUUUCCAAGACUAAAGCGCACAAGUAUUUUUCUGCACUUCAUAUCAAAAUGACAACCUCUCUGUUUUGUUCUUGUGCUUUCUUCUCUGAAUGCUUCUAGAUUUUUCAUAAGAACAUAUGAUUGUGGAACAGGGCAAGCCAUCCAGAUGGAAUGAAAUUUAGUCAAGUCUUCUUAAAAAAAAUCCAACCUGUCUUGAGAAGUGUCAUGGAUUCCCAUUUCCAAUAUGCUGCUUUUGGUGGAUGGGAUUAGCAGCAUUCCAAAAUACUAGCUGAUUUCACAGGCCUCUGUCUUUGUUAUUGGAUAUGUUGAGAUCUUAACUACACAAGGAAUGUUAGAGCUGCUAAAAGAUUCUUAGAAAGUGAGGUAUCGUAUUCCUGUGUGUUCCUGUUCUCGCCUAAUGCUUCCUGAUGUGUAUUAGUGCCAUGUGAAUCCUCCAUUCAUUUGAUGGACUGCCAUCUUGUGCUUGAUUCAUGUGUUGAUGUCACCAUCUAUCAUUGCGCAAGCAGUUAAAAUGUCAAAAAGCCACUCUGUGCCAGCCAAGAGUCAAUUGGGAAGGAGGAAGUGGCAACUAGAUUGGGAAUAUAGGAUCCUUUUAUAAAUCUUUCCCCGCUGAAUAUUGAGACAAAUCCACCUUGCUUUAUCGGGCAAGAAGGAAGGAGAGCACAUUAUGGGAGAAGGAGUGAGAGAUCUAACAGGAAUUCAGACUUACUGAUAACAUCUCAUGAAGAUUGGAGGUGUGAAUUUGUUUGUGUAUAGUAAGCAGCACUUUACAAUUUUGCAUAUGCAAAAUGCUUAAAUUCAUUAGAGUGUAAAUAGUCAUCACCAGUGGCUUGAUGCUUACUUUUAGCGUCCAGCACUGGGAAUUGCAAAUGUGAAUAGAUCAUUAGGUACCGCUCCGGCGGGAAAGUAACAGCACUCCAUGCAGUCAUGCCAGCCACACAACCUUGGAGGUGUCUUCGGACAAUGUCGGCUCUUCAGCUUAGAAAUGGAGAUGAGCACCAACCCCCAGAGUUGGACACAACUGGACUUAAUGUUAGGGGAAAACCUUUACCUUUACCUACUGGAGAUUGAAAUGCCUUGAGCUUUUAGGCUGGGGUGAGCAACUACCACUGGGAAUGGGGGAGGGGGGGUGUCCCACACUGUCCUUCUAGCUGUUCCAUUUUUUCCUAUAUGACUGGAAGUGGUAUCAGUUCUGGGUCCAUUAUUUGAGUAAAAUAUGUUUGAUUUUUAGCUCUUAGCCACAGCUAUGUGUAAUACAGUGACCCAAAAUGUCAUAUUUUGUUGUGGAGUUUUUUUACCAUAAAGAUUUGGUUGAAUGUUUAUUCUUAAUUGGGGCGUGGUCUUCUAGAGGAUAGAAAACAGACUUUUGGUGUUUUUAUGUAGCCUAUGGACUGCACUUUUCCUACUGCUGAUCAAGGCUAGUCUCAUUCUGCCACUUUUUCAGGAUAGGAAAGGUAGAAAUUGGCAGAGAAAACAGUAACUAGAAGGGGUCACCAUAGUUGGAACACAGUGGGUUUAUGUCAUAAUUCUUAUAUUCAGAUUACCUGAAGUUGUAAUUUUAUUUGUGGGAUAUAAUUAUAUAACCAGAGUUGUACAAAUCAGAUUGAAGUCCUACACCAAAUGAAGGCUUCCAGUUAGAUCUGCUCACAUCAUUACUGUUCAUUCUGCUUUAUCUAGCACAGGCAUGGGAAAACUUAAGCACUUAAGCAGCUGAGGGGGAAAAGGAAAGGGCCUGAGGCUGUUAGGAAUUGUGCAAAGUCCAAAACACCCAGAGGGCCAAAGUUUGCCCAUGUCUGAUCUAGCAGAUUGAUGUCACUUACUGAAUGAUUUUGAAAUGGGCAGUGCAAGUUUCAGAGUGUCAGAAGCAGAGAAAGGCAUUAGGUGCUGUGUACUAUGCCAUCACUGCCCCUAGUUCGAGCAAAUGGUACCAAUAUUUCAUGGCAAGACAGUGUGUCCAAUGGGGAAAAUUCUUUAUUUUUCUAGAUUCCAUCCAGCCCCUACUCUCCCCUAUCAAUUUAGAAUUCACUUUAAUGUUUUACUACCUGCAUCCACUCCAAAUUUGUCAUAUGGUCACAUGCCCAUAAAUAGAAGUGGUGAGAUCCACUUCAUUCCAAUCAUAUAAGAAACAGCAGACUUCUGUCUCAUUUUUGUAAAGUAUUAGUCUAAGUAAAGGUCUCCUUGGGGAAAAGUCACUAGUGACAAAACCAUUACUCAGAGAUACAGAAAUGAGCAGAUAUUUUUAAAAUGCAAGAAAUGUCAUCUUUUAAAUAGAUUUUAUACCCCCACACAUGCACGUUUAAGUGUGAGAAUGACAGUGUUCCUUAAAAAUCAUGAAAUGCAGUAGUAUUCCUGAUGGCUUUUAUCACUUACCUUAAGGCAGAGCACCAGUGAAGUACAUGUGAAAACUAGAUUAUUCUGGGGUCUGUAACAUACAUCUUGAAACAGAGCAUUCAGGGCCACCUGUGGCUUGUCAUCUGAGACUGAAACACUUGUUCUUAACUGAAAAAUUGGGUAAGGAAUGUAUAAUUUUUGAAGAAGAUUGUCAACCAAACUCAUUAUGAUGAAUAUUUUAAAUGAUUUAUUUAACAAGUUCUUCUUAGUCUUUUAAGAGUCUGUUGUGCUACCAAAACAUGGGAAAGUUGCUGGGUAACAUGAUUUUAUUGCUAUACAAAUAAAAUACCUAUUCUUUA